CCGUAGGCUACAGGACAUCCCAUCCUCAUCGUCCCUUGCCCCGUUCGCUACAUCGCGGCGGGCCUCCCUAUAGACUCGUUCACAAAGAACAGUUUCAUUUUUCUCGCCUGCUGGCAGGUCUUGUAACGACCACCACUCGCGGAAGAGAAAAAAAUACACCAACCCCUUCAUAUCCUUACGCACGCCUCGACAAGACCCAGCGUCUCUCUCGAGCGUCAACAAGGACAACACUUCCCUGCACGAACCCAAGAAAACAGCAGUUUGGAACCUUUAUACUCUGUGCAUAGCAAUUCAAUGAGCAAAUCUUCAACUGCCACAGGAAAGAUCCAGACGCAGCUCUCCUCACAGUCAGCUUGGUCCAAGGGCCCUCCAUCAGCAAAUUCCCCUCGCUCCCAAUCACCCGUCUCGGUCAAUGUCGCCUCCCCGGUAACUCCAUCCCAUGCACGCCGCCCAAGCGCCCUCAGCCAGAGCGUCAACGUCAAGGAUGGCGUAAGCGUUGCUAGGAGUAAUGCUGGCUCUGUUAGGGCAGGCAACAACGUCUCCUUUGGCUCCAUAGACGACCGCUCUGCUGCUAUCUCGACUUCUCCCGCUGCUGCCCCUUCACCUAUAUCUACCGCUACCAAAAAUGAGAGCACGAUCAAGUCGUUUGGGACCGUUGCCGCGACUCCUACCUCCGCGUCCCAUCUCAAUGGCAAAUCCUCUGUAGCCACUGCAACGUCAUCAGGGCUCUCCAAAAGCACUUCCAGUUCCUCAACUAGACCUCCUUUUUCUGCUACCUCCGCCUCGACAUCAAACUCGAGCGUUGCUUCUUCCGUUGCUACCUCAAUCUCCUCUACCUCUACCGCCUCCCCGCUGAAGCUGAACAAAAAGGACAUCACGAAGCUCUUCCAGGGGGGCGGAUCGCCCGCACCAUCCUCUGCCGAACCUGCCCCUGCCCCUUCACCAUCCACGCGACCCGCCCCCCUUCCAACACAUUCGCCAGCACACGGCCAUGCCCCAUUGCCAGGUCAACAGCAGGGCGGUCCACCUUCACAGUUUAGCCAAUCCUACCAGCCCUUUGUACCUGGUCGACAGCAGCCGAGUGGUAUGGGCAGCCCACGGUCGCCUGCCUUCCCUCGUCCAGGUCCAAAUGGAACAGGUCCUCCAAAUCAACGUCCUGGUCCUCCUCCAGGCCCAGGCGGUGCCCCGUCAAGCCCGCGCAUGUCGCAUGUGCACCCCCACGGUCAACCUCCGGGAAUGCCGCCUCAGCAGAUGCAGCCCAUGCAGUGGGGUGCGCCUUAUGGCUAUUACCCCGGCAUGGAGCAAUAUCAAUGGUAUCCGGGCAUGCCGCCGGUGAUGCACUCUCCGCUCGGUCCCCAUGGCACUCCCCACCCUCCGCCCUCCGGUCUUCCUCCUUCCUCGCAUGGCGCACCCAUGGCAAUGUCACCGCGAAAUCAGCCUCCUCCUCUUCCUGGUACUCCAACCACCGCUCCCGCCGUACCCCAUCCUGCCAACAGCCCUCAUCCCCUUCCCGGUUCGCCAGCUCAAGCCGCGCCCAUCAUCCAUACACAUGGUGGACACACCAACAAUUCGAGUGUAUCGCUCUCUUCGCCGCCACCAACGCCCUCGCAAGGCCAAGGCCGUCCCCUCAACACAAACGCAAGCGCGUUCGUACCCGGAGGCGCACCGACCGUCGGACGGAGCGCCAAGGUCGCCAUCAAGAGUCCAGACGGGCGCGAGAUUGAUGUUGACAAGUUCAAGAAGGCAUCUCCGAACCCGCCCACGAUACCCAUCCCGCCCGCCUCGCCAGGGCUCACGCAUAGCCGCACGCAGCGUGCAAGCGUACGGAUUGAGAGCGAGAGCGACAAGUUGAAGCGGCUGGAGGAGGAAACGGCGAAGAAGGAUAAGGAAAAUAAGGAGAGGGAGGAACAGGAGCGGAAGGAGAUUGAGGCGAAGCGUAAGGCAGAGGAGGAGGAGCGAAAGAAGAAGGAAGAAAAGGAGCGGGCGAAGAAGGAGGCAGAAGAGGUUGAGCGGAAAAAGAGGGAAGAGGAAGAGCGGUUGAAAAAGGAGGCAGAAGAGGUGGCGAAGAAAAAGAAGGAAGAGGACGAGCGAGCGAAGAAGCAGGCCGAAGAAACGGUGCGUAGGAAGGAAGAGGAGCGUCUGCGGAAGGAGGAAGAAGAGAAGGAGAAGGCACGUCUCGCCGCCGAGGAAGCGGAGAAGGAGCGCAUCAAGAAGGAGGAAGAAGAGAAGGAGCGUAUGCGAAGGGAGAAGGAGGAGGAGGAGAGCAGGCUGGCUAAGCUCGAGGAGGAGGAUAAACGUCUUGAGGAAGAAGAAGGCGAGGACGUUAUUCCCCCGUCUCCCGAGACCGCCACCAAGGAACGCGAAGAGGGCGAAAUUGAUGAAACCUCUCUCAUCGAUGGUGAUAUCAAGGGCAAGAAGGAGGCUCUUCACAUCGAUACGGCUAACAGCAUGCCUCCCCCUGCCGACAUCCCCCGGAGACGGCCUGGUCCUCUCGACCUUAACUUCAGGAAAGACUCAAAGGACCUUCCGAACCCUCCCAUGUCUGCCCUCGCUACCGCGCGCGUCAUUGCAAAUCUCAAUGAUGUUGAAUACCCUGAGGGCAUCAAGAGCCCGAAGGUUGAGCUCAACGCGAACGCGCCGGCAGGCAAGUUCAGAUAUGACCGCGACUUUUUGCUACAGUUCAUGAAGGUCUGCACCGAGAAGCCGGAACACCUCCCUCCUCUUGAAGUACUCGGUCUUGAACCCGCUGACCAGCAGUUCCACACCAUGUCUCGUGGUGGCUCAGGCCGCGGCAGUCGUCACGGUUCUGGUGCAUUGACCCCCUCCGGCUCGCGUCCCAAUUCUGUUGGUCUCGGUAUCGGCUUUGCCAAGCCUGGUUCCGCAGGUCCCUUCGCUGGGAUGGGCAACUUCUCUACUCCUAGUAGCAAGCUCACCAGCGAGGAGCGUUUCCAACAAUCGCGCUCCGCGUCCGUAGGCACUGGCCCAGGUCUUCAGUUCGGUGCUCGUGCACAGAUGACCCGCACCAACAGCCAAGGUGGUCCAGGCCACCCUAGUAAUCGUACGCGCAGCAAGCGCGGCGAGAAACGUGGCGACCAGAACCGGCCCCCCAACGCCCAGCAGGGCGGCAGCGCAUUUGGUACCUCUCACGGAGGCGCGUUCGCCAACAUGGAGCCUGUCGCGCCCCUCGAGGCUUCCGCGAAUCGCUGGGUCGCGGCAAGCGCUGGGCCAGGCUCUCGCAAGGCUCCUGUCGUUGACACGGACUCGCCCGAGGUUGUUGAUCGUAAGGUCAAGGGUCUGCUGAACAAGCUCACGAUGGAGAAAUUCGACUCGAUCUCGGACCAGAUCAUCGCUUGGGCAAACAAGAGCGAGAAGGAGAAGGACGGCCGGACGCUCAUCCAGGUCAUUCGUCUCGUCUUCGAGAAGGCAACCGACGAGGCAGCAUGGAGCAGUAUGUAUGCUCGUCUCUGCCGUAAGAUGAUGGAGCAGAUCAGCCAGGACGUGCAGGACGAUGGCAUCAAGAACUCGGAGGGCAAGCCGAUCGCUGGUGGCCAGCUAUUCCGCAAAUACCUCCUUAAUCGUUGUCAGGAAGACUUCGAACGCGGUUGGGCAGCGCGAGAGACGACCGCCGCCGCCGCGCGCUCCAAGGCGACAACUGACGAGGCUAUCAAGGCCGCGAACGAGAAGAAGGGCACGACGGACGAGUCGGAGCUGUACUCGGAAGAGUACUACGCCGCUCAGAAGGCGAAGCGCCAGGGUCUCGGUCUCAUCAAGUUCAUCGGCGAGCUGUUCAAGCUGCAGAUGCUGACAGAGCGGAUCAUGCACGAGUGCGUGAAGAAGCUGCUUGGCAACGUUGAGAACCCCGAGGAGGAGGAGAUCGAGAGCUUGUGCCAGCUGCUCACGACGGUCGGCCAAAUCUUGGACACGCCCAAGGCGAAGGCACACAUGGAUGUGUAUUUCCAGCGUAUGAAGGAGCUUGCGGCGAAGAACGGGCAAGUGAGCUCGCGCAUGCAGUUCAUGAUUCAGGACGUCAUCGAACUGCGCGAUCGCAAAUGGAUCAAUCGCAAGGCUGUCGCUGCUCCAACUACGCUCGCUGCUGUUCACGAAGCUGCUGCGAAGGAGAAGGCUGUGGCGGAGAAGGAGGCCAUGCAACGCACGAUUAGCAUGUCUCGGGGCGGAUCACGCCGCGGAAACGACCGCAACCCCGAACAGCCCGAUGGCUGGUCAGUUGCUGGCAGCGGCGGCCCUCCUCGUCCACCUCCCAAGGUCGGCGACCUUUCGCAGUUCGGCAAGAUCUCGAAGCAGCAGCCUAUCCAGACUUUCGGCCCAAGUAGCGUCUUCAAUAAGAAGGAUGCUGCCAAGCGGGAGUCAAUCUCGCGGACCAGCUCGUCCUCGAACAUGUUCCAGAUGCUUAGCCAGAACCCGGAGGCUGCCGAGGCUGCUGCCAAGGCGUCGAGCAGGCCCCCUUCGCGCAAGCCGUCUGUGGACUUCGGUACCAACGGUGCUCCCGAGGUACCUGCUCAACGCAGAAAGCUGCAGCUCCUGCCGCGGACGAAGCCGGCGGAGGAGGGCACCCCUGCAGUGUCGGAGGACGAGCCUGACACGUUGGCCAAGGAUGGGUCAGGGUCUAUGACCGAAGCGGAAGCCGAGAAGAAGAUCGACCAGGAUGUGCAGGAGCUGUUUGCGGUCCGGAAUCUUGAGGAGGCAGACGUGUACUUUACGAAUCUGCCCAAGGAGCACCAGUUCCGGCUCGUCAAGCGCCUCGUGGACAAAUCGCUCGAGAGCAAGGAAGCAGACGUCAAGCUCGUUGUUGACUUCUUUUCGCAGGCAGCGUCUAAGGGUCAGUGCGACGCCGCGACGUUCGAGGAAGGCUUCCUGCCUGCCGCGGAACUGCUCGAUGACACGGCAAUGGACGCACCCAAGGCGGUCGACUACAUGGCGAUGCUCGUGCGGGGCGCGCAGCUCGACAAGGACGAGGAGAAGCUGAAACGGAUCACAGAGAAGUCCGAGUUCAACAGCGAGAAGCUCCUACGGCUCGUCGCCGCAUAAACGCGCACGAGCUGUGCUCGCGCUUAACUGUUGUCAAUUCCAUCCCUCCACUUUGUUUCUUACACUUUCAUCGGACGGACGAUCAUUGCCUUCGCGCGUUUUCUCCCUUGUCUUCAGCAGCACUGCAUACAUCGAUUGUUAUAUUUUCCGCAUCGUCAUCCCCUCAUUGUCUUCCAUCAUCGAUCAUCGACCACGGACGCUUCCACCAUUCAGACGACAUCGAGUAUCUCGAUCUCUCAUGGCCGUAUGCGCAUCUAGGCCUUCCCUGUGUCUUCACUUUGUACUCGAUUUUUAUCCAUCCCAUUAUCAUCUGUGACACUGGCCUCCCGACCCAUACAUGUUUGACCGCACUCUCAUUGUCAUUUCCCUUUGUCCAUGUCUCCGCCACCGUACAUACAUGCGUACACUCGUGCGUCAGACACGCACCCUGUCUGUUUAUUAUUCACGGUCUUCCCUUGUCAAACUCUCGAUGUUCUGCUCUGCACUCCCACUAUAUAUGUAUAUAUGCGCAUUGCAUGGCACACGCAUCCAGUACCCCAUCCCACUCUGCCGGCCCUUCGCUUUAGCCUUAGGUUUUGUUUCGUCGCCUUCCCGCUAGCCAUUAAUUCCCUUCGCCUUUCUUUGUCGCUGUCGUUCCGACGACCUUUGCGACGAGUCGGUUUGCAUUUUUGUAGUUGUCCUCGUUUUGAUCUCUCUUGUCUUUGUCUCGGUUUUCUAUUUCUCUCUCUCUUCAGUAUAGCAUAGCUUAACCACCUGUCGACGUACGCUAGGUACAGGCAAUACACCCCCCAUGGUUUUCUC